AUGUCAUGGGCAAUAGCUGGCAAUGAGGUAAUUCCCAGCAACCUCACCUGUUACAUACUCCCUACCAUGCAAAACCUUGAUGCCGCUCUCACUGCUACCAACCUCAAGAUCCAUGUCUCCACCACCAUCACCACUGGCGUCCUUGACGUGUCAUUCCCAUCUUCCCAAGAUGUUAGCAUGGUGGUGUUGGAGACUGGGUGGCCAUCCACCGGUGGGGCAGUCGGGGCGAUGGGGGAGAAUGCGAUGAUGUAUCACAACAAGGUGGUGGCGCAUGUGACCAGUAGCACGGGAACACCUAAGAGGCUGGGGAUGGCAAUCAAGACUUAUUUGUUUGCCUUGUUUAAUGAGAACUUGAAGCCUGCUGGGUCGAGCAAAACAAUAUAG